AUGUCGGCGGUGUCUGGUCUUUGUGUUGAAGAUGAACAAUCAUUGUUGCUGCAACUGAAGAACAAUGAAUUCAAGUUCCAUGCUUCAUGGUCUACUAAACUGGUAAGCUGGAAUCAAAGCAUUCCUCACUGUGAUUGGAAUGGUGUGACUUGUAAUAAGGAGGGGCAUGUUACUGGUCUCGACUUAAGUUCAGAAGCCAUAGAUGCAGAAUUGCAUAAUUCAAGUGCUCUUUUUUGUCUCCAACAUCUGCAGAACUUGGAUUUGAGUUAUAAUAUUUUCUAUUCUUCAAUUUCGCCUGCAAUCAAAAAUUUGAAGAACUUGGUCUCUUUGAAUUUGUCGCACAAUGAUUUGGAAGGGCAAAUACCAAUGGAAAUUUCCCAGUUGAAAAAUCUGGUUUGUCUUAAUUUAUCUUCUUCAUCAUCCUUGAACCUGGAGAAUCCAAAUCUACAACAACUAGUCCAAAACCUCACAAAAAUCAGGUAUUUGUAUUUAGAUUAUAUAGACAUAUCAGCUCAAGGGAAAGAUUGGAGCAAUGCUCUGCUAGCAAUUCCUAGUCUUGAAGAAGUAAGCAUGCGCUCUUGCAAUCUCUCUGGGCCCAUUGAUUCUUCAUUGGGGAGACUUGAGCACCUCUCAAGACUUUAUCUUGAUAAUAAUCAUCUAUUAUCCCCAGUGCCCGAAAGCUUUGCCAAUUUAAAGAAAUUAACCGUCUUGAAUCUUGCGAAUUGCAACUUGAUAGGAGAUUUUCCACAAAAAAUAUUUGAAAUUGCAACAUUGUCCUAUUUAAGCCUAUCAUACAACUUUGAUCUCCAUGGGUCCUUCAAAAGCUUCCCCCUGAAUGGAUCUCUUCAGACUUUAAAAGUAACAGGCACAAAUUUCACUGGUCCAAUCCCUUUUUCUUUAUUUGAACUCCCAUUUAUAGAACAUAUUGAUCUUUCAUCCAACCAUUUUGAUGGUGAAUUGAAGCCUAAUAUGCUUCAAGUCUGUCGACAUCUACAAACAUUAGAUCUUUCAUCCAACCAUUUAAAUGGUGAUUUGAACCUUAAUAUGUUUCAAGGAUGUCAUCGUCUACAGACAUUAGAUCUUUCAUCCAACCAUUUAAAUGGUGAUUUGAACCUUAAUAUGCUUCAAGGAUGUCAAUAUCUACAGAGAUUAGAUCUUUCUUACAACAACUUGUCAGCUGAUGCAAAUAUUAUGGAUGCUAACCUUUCUUCAUUUCCAAACUUAGAGAUUCUAAGAUUGUCUUCUUGUAAUUUGAGAGAAUUCCCAAUGUUCUUGAGAAACCAGUCCCAAAUAUUUAACCUUGACCUCUCAAACAACCAAAUUGAAGGAGUGAUUCCUCAUUGGAUUUGGAAAAUUCUACAAGUAUCUGGUCAUCUAAAUCUUUCUCUCAAUUCUUUGACUAGCUUUGAAACACAUAUGCUAAAUUACACUAUUAAUUUGGAUGCUAUUGAUAUUCACUCCAACAAACUCAAUGGGAAGAUUCCUCCUUUUAUUACCUCAUUCUUUUUGGACUUGUCAAGUAAUAAUUUCAACACUGUUAUUCCACAUAACAUUGGUGCUCAAUUUCAUUCAGUUCAUUUCCUCAAACUUUCAAGAAACAAAUUUCAUGGGGACAUUCCUCAUUCCUUGUGCAAUAUUCCACGUAUGUAUUUACUUGAUCUUUCCAAUAAUGUGCUUGAAGGGACAAUCCCACCUUGUUUAAUACAUAGUGAGACUCUCCAGAUACUAAUUCUUGGAAAGAACAAGCUCAAAGGCAAUAUUCCUAAUGCAUUUCCAAAAGCAUGUGAUUUUUUCAUAUUAGAUGUACAGGAAAAUCAAUUGAGUGGCUUCAUACCCAAGUCAAUGAUCAGUUGCACGAAUUUGGGGGUGCUAAAUCUUGGGAAUAAUUAUAUUAGUGGUUACUUUCCAUGCUUCCUAAGGAACUUAUCACUUGAAGUCUUGGUUUUGCGAAAAAACCAAUUUCAGGGUCCCAUUGGAUGCUUAGAAAAUGAUGAAAGUUGGCCUUUCCUUCAGAUUAUUGAUUUGGCUUUUAACAAAUUCACUGGAUUUCUUCCGGCCAAAGCUUUCACAGCCUCAGAACUAAUGAUGCUUAAUAUUGAACUUCAACAUACAUUAUUCAGUUCUGAGCCUUACAUCGUAUCCAGUUAUUCCGCUGGUACAUCACAGUAUUAUUCAAUGACAAUUGUGAGUAAAGGCCGAGAAAUGGUGUGGGAUAAAAUACUAUACUCCUUCACUUGCAUUGACUUUUCAUCUAACAAUUUUGAAGGGCCAAUACCAAAAGAGCUAAUGAACUUGGUAGAUCUUCAUGUUCUCAAUUUGUCAAACAAUGCUUUCUCAGGCAAAAUUCCAUCUUCAAUUGGAAAUAUGAAGCAGCUUGAAUCCUUGGAUUUGUCAAACAAUUCUUUGACUGCAGAGAUUCCAACAGAGCUUGCAAGUCUAUCAUUCCUUUCAUUUUUGAACCUUUCAUUUAAUCAUCUUGUGGGAACGAUCCCUAGAGGCACACAAAUUCAAUCGUUUGAUGCCUCUUCCUUCCAAGGCAAUAAAGGGCUGUAUGGCCCUCCUUUGACCAAAAUUCCAAAUAAUGGGAGGCCAGGAUUGAUGCUGCCACCUCUAGCUUCUAGAAAUGAUCAUGGAAUUGAUUUCAAGUUUAUCACAGGCAUGGAAUUUGGAGUGAUUUUUGGCUUAGCCAUUAUUAUCGGACCUCUUUUCUUUUGGAGCAAAUGGAAGAUAAGGUACUGGAAAUAUGUGGACGAUGUUCUUUGUAUCAUCUUUCCACAACUUUAUCUUGAUUAUCAAAGGCAUGAGGGACAAUGGCACCCAGUUCUGCGUUGGAGUCGUUAA